AUGGCAUCCUUGCAGGGGCUGCUGAAGGCCUUCUGCCCAGAGAGUUGCAUUGGCUGCUUUCCCUUCGUUUUCCAAAGGCCGUGCCUGCCGGCAAUCACAGAGCAGCUGCCGCUGCACGAUUCUCUGACAUCGGAGGGUUUCGAUCCCGAGGAUGUUACAGAGGUUCUUUGCAGCCCGAGUCUGAAGGAGGCCGACUUGAAGGUGAGGGUGGACCAACUCCCAGCGAAGCUGAAGCAGGAGCUCAUGUGCCGUCUUGAAGCCUUCGACGCUCUUGAAGCAGAGCCCAACCCGGAGGCCCUGGCCAUCUUCGCCUACGGCACUUUGAGGGGAGACUUUGGUCCUGACGGCGACAAGUGGGGCGUGUUGGCGAAGAGUGAGGCCACCUGGAAGCCAGCGAGAGUGCGAGGCUUUCGGCUGUACCAGGAUCCUCGACUGACCUACCCCUUUGCGGUUCGCACUGGCAAGGACGAGGACGUGAUUGUGGGGACUGUCAUUCAGUGGCCAUCCGCAGCGGCCGCCAAAGAGCAGAUUGCAAGCUGUAACCAAAUCGAAGGUUUUCGCGCAAGCCAGCCUGAGGCUGGUCUUUACCGAAGAGCUUUAGUUCAGGCGCAGCUGAAGGAUUCCUCGGCGCCGCCAUUAGCCGCCCUGAUGUACCAUCAGAUUUGGCCGUCUGAAAUGCUCCGCGCAGUCAAGGAGUUUCCGGAUGGAGACUGGCUAGCAGGAGCCAUGCCAAACGGACGAUGUUGA